AGUAUGGCGGAGUAGUGGAACGCGUCUUCGGGAGUGACAAAAUGGCGACUUGUCCGAGGCCGCCGACACGUCCCUCGUCCUAGGCGGCGGGGAUGAAGAGCAGGGCCGGCGGAGCAGUGGUCAAGAGUAGUGGCGAGUAGAGGUCAAGAUGGCGAGUAACAUGUACCGCGUGGGAGACUAUGUAUAUUUUGAAACAUCAUCCACAUCACCAUAUCAAAUUAGAAGAAUAGAGGAGCUAAAUAAGACGCCCAACGGGAACGUGGAAGCUAAGGUGAUGUGUUUCUACAGGCGUCGGGACAUCUCCUCGUCCCUUAUCAUGCUGGCGGACAAACACCAGAAUGGGCACGGAGGGACCUGGGACCUGUGCGGGGGCCUCAAGAAGCUGUUAAAGUCCCAGGACACCCAAGGAACCCCCCUGAUUGAAGGUGUCACCUCAGAGGCCUCACAGCAAGACCCUCCGGUCCUUCUCGCAGGUGCCUUAGAGGAGGAUGAGAGUGACAGCGAUGGCGGGGAGGUGGGUGGCGGGGCGUCCAUCAUCACACCCACUGGGGAGAGCCUCAGCCCCCAGGAGAGGCACCAGUUGAGGCACCGGGAGCUCUUCCUCUCGCGGCAGAUCGAGACCUUACCGGCGACCCACAUCAGGGGCAAGUGCACCGUUACCCUGCUCAACGAGACCGAGCUGCUCCUCGCCUACCUGAACAAGGACGACACCUUCUUUUACUCGCUAGUCUAUGACCCCCAGCAGAAGACCUUACUAGCUGACAAGGGAGAGAUAAGAGUUGGGUCAAGAUUUCAGGCAGAUAUUACCUCACUGAUGAAAGAAGGAGAGACUGAUGGCCGUAACCUAGAGGAGUUGGAGAGUUUGGUGUGGACUCCUUGCCACGGCCUCACAGACAGACAGAUCGACCAGUUCCUUGUCAUGUCACGCUCAGUGGGGACCUUUGCCCGGGCCCUCGACUGCUCCUCCUCUGUUAAACAGCCGUCGCUUCACAUGAGUGCUGCUGCUGCCUCCAGAGAUGUCACCUUGUUCCAUGCCAUGGACACCUUACACAAACACAACUACGACAUCAGCAAGGCGCUGUGUUCGCUCAUACCCGCCACGGGGCCGGUGCUGUGCCGGGACGAGAUGGAGGAGUGGUCCGCCUCGGAGGCAAACCUCUUUGAAGAAGCGUUGGAGAAGUACGGCAAGGACUUCAACGACAUCAGACAAGAUUUCCUGCCAUGGAAAACGCUGAAAAACAUCAUUGAGUAUUACUACAUGUGGAAGACGACUGACAGAUACGUUCAGCAGAAGAGAGUGAAGGCAGUGGAGGCUGAGUCCAAGCUUAAGCAGGUCUACAUUCCUAACUACAACAAGCCAAACCCUGCUGCACUCUCCAACGGCAAGACCUCCACCACCACGACCACCACAACCACCACCUCCACCUCCUCCGUCUCCUCCACCUCCUCCACCAUGGUCAACGGGGCGGAUGUCUCUGUGUCCGGGAAGGCCUGCGAGUCUUGCCACGCCACCAGCAGCAGUCAGUGGUAUGCCUGGGGGCCAUCCCACCUACAGUGCAGGCUCUGUAACUCCUGCUGGCAGUAUUGGAAGAAGUUUGGGGGCCUGAAGCUGCCGUCACGCAUCGGCAAGGAGGAAGAACGACUGCACAGUGGUGGCAGUCGUUCGCAGCGGUGUAAUGUGGGCGGGUGUGGCCGGGAGUACAAGACUCGCUCCCAGUUAAUACGCCAUGCGGCCCAGGCCCACGGGGUGGCCCUUCGAGCUGGCUCGCCGAGGCCCAUCAUGAAAACGCGAGCGGCCAUCAUGGUCCACACCAGCCUGCAGAUACGCGUGAUGCGGCGGCUGUGUCAGGACCUGAUCCAGCCCAGGAAGGCAUGCCGCAACCCCACCUGGCCCUUGAACCCUGCCAAUAUCCGGCAGGAGUGUUUGCUGCGCAUGGGUGGGAAAACCUUUGAUGAUUAUGCUUACCUGGUGAAGCGAGGGACGGGGCGGCGACGUGGCCAAGUGUCUCAGGUGUCAGUCCGCUUAGGUCAGAAGAGCGCGGCUUGCCCGGCCUGGAUGCUCCCCACCGACAAGUUGCUCCUCCCCAAACAGCCCCACAUUGAAUUCCCUAAACCUCCCAAGGGACCAGAUGGAAGUCUCAUCUACACACCUGUGCCCAACAAGGACCUGCCAGUGGUUAAUAACACCUCCCCAACCCUCCUGAAGCGCCGCACCUACGAAGAGAUCAACGGCAUGGAUGAGAGCGAAUUGGAAGAAGGACUCCCUCCAUCCAAGCGACAGAAGGAUAUAGAGGGCGGCGACUCUAUACACCUGAAUCAGCUAGGGGUGGUGCCUCCGCCUGGGCUGACAGUUACUCCAGUGGGUGUCAAUGGGGGUCCCGGGGUGCCCACGCCUCCCCUGGGAGCCCCCAACACACCGAGUCGGGCCAAGAUAGCCACAGUGUCCCGCGUGGGGGGCCGUCCCCGCAUCAUCUCAUGGAUGGACGCCCCUGAUGAUGUGUACUUCUAUGCCACCGACACUACCAAGAAGCUGCGUAAGAGUCUCACCACCAACGACCUGAAGCGGGCAGCGCGCCGGCCCUGGAAAAAGAUCCAGGACGAUACAGCUGUGGUGGCAGCAGCAGCAGCGGUGGCGAUGGCUGUGGCGGCCCCGACCGUGGCCAGCCCCCAGUUUGUUGAAUGAUGCCAGAAGGCCGAGACCACUGCCCCGGUGUCCCCAUCCAGGUGCCCCGAGUCCACCAGCUGAGCCCUGCCCCCGUGAUGGCUGGCAGGGAGGUGCUGAGCCUCCCCGGCUGGGAGGGCGGAGUGGGGCUCGCAGGAGCACCGCUGCCUGGACUGAGAGGCUGAGUGGUGACAGGCUUGUGAGGGGCCUGGGCACUUGUGCAGUGGAACUCUUCUGAUGAAAGAAUCAAAGUUCAAAAUCCUCUUGUAUGUCUUAUAAGAGGCAGUGUGUGCUGGAGGCUCUGAGGCUCCAGCAGGAGAAAGGAUCUGUAGACUAGUGAGCUCGGCUGGCCCACAAGACCCAGCUGUCUGCCCCGAGGGGCGGCCGCAGACAUGAUCUGAGUACACUGCCGCAGGUUGUUGAAGGUGAGGAGCGCGAACCGCGGCCAGGAGGACCAAGGCUGAAAAGCACGAGGUUAUUUAUAGAAUUUUGGAAGCAAAAUUACUGUUAAACUAAGUGCUUUUAGUGAGACUGUUGAAAAAUGAAUUUUGUAAGUAAUGCUGGUUGACGUGUAAUUAACCGUUGAGGACUGUACAGAAAUGGCCAAGGUCGGCAUCACAUGACAGACAGUGCAGAUGUGGGAGAGAGAAAUAGAUGGCAAG